AUGAGAGGACAGAGGACAGCAUCAGAGGACAGAGGACAGCAUCAGAGGACAGAGGACAACAUGAGAGGACAGCAUCAGAGGACAGAGGACAACAUGAGAGGACAGCAUCAGAGGACAGAGGACAGCAUCAGAGGACAGAGGACAGAGGACAACAUCAGAGGACAGAGGACAACAUCAGAGGACAGAGGACAGCAUCAGAGGACAGAGGACAGCAUCAGAGGACAGAGAACAGCAUCAGAGGACAGAGGACAACAUGAGAGGACAGAGGACAACAUGAGAGGACAGAGGACAGCAUCAGAGGACAGAGAACAGCAUCAGAGGACAGAGGACAGCAUCAGAGGACAGAGGACAGCAUCAGAGGACAGAGGACAACAUGAGAGGACAGAGGACAACAUCAGAGGACAGAGGAUAGCAUCAGAGGACAGAGAACAGCAUCAGAGGACAGAGGACAGCAUCAGAGGACAGAGGACAGCAUCAGAGGACAGAGGACAGCAUCAGAGGACAGAGGACAGCAUCAGAGGACAGAGGACAGCAUCAGAGGACAGAGGACAGCAUCAGAAGACAGAGAACAGCAUCAGAAGACAGACGACAGCAUCAGAGGACAGAGGACAGCAUCAGAGGACAGAGGACAGCAUCAGAGGACAGAGGACAGCAUCAGAGGACAGAGGACAGCAUCAGAGGACAGAGAACAGCAUCAGAAGACAGAGGACAGCAUCAGAGGACAGAGGACAGCAUCAGAGGACAGAGAACAGCAUCAGAAGACAGAGGACAGCAUCAGAGGACAGAGGACAGCAUCAGAGGACAGAGGACAGCAUCAGAGGACCUCAGACCUCAGAGAGUCACAUGAUCACAGAGAGCCUACCACAGUCCUUCUCAUCAGAGCCGUCCACACAGUCCUGCUGCAGGUCACACCUGCGGUCCACGUGGACACACUCGCCGCUGCUGCAAGAAAACUGCUUGAGGGAGCAGGGGCUGGGCACAGAGGGCACUGGGGGGGUCCCUGAAACACACACACAGUCAUAG